AUGGCGGCGAUUGCCGCGGCGUCGAGGUGGUGCAGGCUGGUCCUGGUGCUGAGCGCCGUGGGGCUGGGGGCCGUGGGCGCUCCGCAGCCCCCUAACAUCGUGCUCAUGCUGAUGGACGACAUGGGCUGGGGCGACCUGGGGGUGAACGGAGAGCCUUCCAGAGAGACCCCAAAUUUGGACCGCAUGGCCGCAGAGGGGCUGCUGUUCCCUAGCUUCUACUCGGCCAGCCCGCUGUGCUCGCCUUCCAGGGCAGCCCUGCUCACCGGCCGCCUGCCCAUCCGCACUGGCUUCUACACCACCAAUGGGCAUGCCCGCAACGCGUACACGCCCCAGGACAUCGUGGGGGGCAUCCCAGCCUCAGAGCGCCUCCUGCCCAAGCUCCUGAAGGAGGCCGGCUAUGCCACCAAGAUAGUUGGCAAGUGGCACCUGGGCCACAGGCCCCAGUUCCACCCCCUGAAGCACGGCUUUGACGAGUGGUUUGGAUCUCCCAACUGUCACUUUGGACCGUACGACAACAAAGCCAAGCCCAACAUCCCCGUGUACAGGGACUGGGAGAUGGUCGGCAGGUUUUAUGAAGAAUUCCCCAUUAAUCUGAAGACGGGGGAAGCCAACCUCACCCAGAUCUACUUGCAGGAAGCCCUGGACUUCAUCAAGAGGAAGCAUUCCCGACAGCGCCCUUUCUUCCUCUACUGGGCUGUCGACGCCACACACGCACCCGUCUAUGCCUCCAAGCCUUUCCUGGGGACCAGUCGGAGAGGGAGGUAUGGGGACGCUGUGCGGGAGCUCGACGACAGUGUCGGGCAGAUCCUGCAGCUGCUCCGGGGCCUGCAUCUCGCAGACAGCACCUUUGUGUUCUUCACCUCAGACAACGGCGCAGCCCUCGUCUCAGCCCCCAGACAAGCUGGCAGUAACAGCCCCUUUCUGUGCGGAAAGCAGACCACCUUUGAGGGGGGUGUGCGGGAGCCGGCGAUCGCAUGGUGGCCUGGGCAUGUCCCCGCAGGACAGGUGAGCCACCAAGCAGGCAGCCUGAUGGAUCUCUUCACCACCAGCCUGUCCCUCGCAGGCCUGAAGCCACCCAGCGACAGGGAGAUCGAUGGCCUGGACCUGCUCCCCGUCCUCCUGCGAGGUCAGCUGAUUGACAGGCCCAUAUUCUAUUACCGAGGCAACGAGCUGAUGGCUGCCACCGUAGGGCAGUUCAAGGCUCACUUCUGGACCUGGACCAAUUCCUGGGAGGAGUUCCAACAGGGCAUCGAUUUCUGCCCAGGGCAGAACGUCUCUCACGUCAUGACCCACACCCAGGAGGACCACACCUUGUUACCUCUGCUGUUCCACCUGGGGCGAGACCCGGGGGAGCGUUUCCCCCUCAGCUUCACCAGUGCUGAGUACCAGGAUGCCCUGCAGUGGAUCGCCCCAGCCGUGCAGAAGCACCGCAGUACACUGGUGCCCGGCCAGCCACAGCUCAACGUGUGCAACGCAGCUGUCAUGAACUGGGCACCCCCAGGCUGUGAGAAGCUAGGCAAGUGUCUGACGCCCCCGGAGUCUGUUCCUGAGAAGUGCCCCUGGCCCCAUUAG